AUGGUGUCACUCCUGAGGCGGGUAUCGUGGCCUAGUUGGGCGUCAUGGAAACCAGUUGCGUUUUCCAACUCCAACUUUCCACAGAUCCCGGCGGAUUACCUUGUAGAAGAGGAGACACUCCCCAACUAUCUUGCCUCGCGGUACUACCCAGUCCGCAUAGGCGAGGUCCUUAGGGAUCGCUAUCAAAUCGUGGGUAAGCUCGGGUUCGGAGCUACCUCGACGGUAUGGCUCGCCCGUGAUCUGAGUGGCCGUCGCCACGUAGCUCUCAAGCUAUUCGUCCAUGCAAAUUCAAUGGGCAGCCAGCUAGAUAAAGAGAUUAAUAUGUACAAGCGCAUGAAGGAGAGAGGCUCAUGGUUCCAUGACGGUCGCCACUAUGUUAGGGACUUGCUUGAUUCGUUUGACAUCGACGGACCCGAUGGACGACAUCGAUGUCUCGUGCAUUCUCCCUUAUGGGAGAACAUGCAUACAUUCCUGCGUCGAAACCCAAUUAUGAGGCUUCCGCAGCCCGUCUUUGCUGUCAUGCUUCAUCGCCUCUUCUUGGCUCUGGAUUUCCUACAUACGGAAUGCUCGAUUAUACACACAGACAUCAGAGCCGACAAUAUUAUGUUUGGCAUUGAAGAUGACUCGGUUUUCCGUGAGCUCGAACAGCGGGAGCUAAGUGAUCCAUCCCCGCGAAAAGUGUUAAAGGAUAGAACUAUUUAUACAUCGCGGCAGCUAAGUAUGCCCAAAGGAAGAGGAUUGGGCGCGCCGGUUCUGUGUGAUUUUGGCUCGGCUGUCUGCGGAGAUGUGGAACACCGAGAGGACGUCCAGCCCAACAUAUACCGCGCACCCGAAGUCAUCCUGGAAGUACCAUGGACCUCCAAGAUAGACAUAUGGAAUGUCGGCUGCAUGGUCUGGGAUCUUUUCGAAGGUGGCCAUCUAUUCACCGGCCACGAUCCCGAGCUCGCCACGUAUCGAAGCCGAGCGCAUCUCGCCGAGAUGACAGCGCUCCUCGGUCCACCUCCUCAGCAAUUCCUCGACCAGGGUAAUCUGAAAUCCAAAUUCUUCUCAGAGAAGGGGGAAUUCUCUGGCGGAAUACCUCUACCACCUGCGAGAUCGUUAGAAGAGCUCGAAACUAAUAAUGAAUUGGAGGAUAGGGAAAGUUUUCUCCGUAUGAUGCGAAUGAUGCUACAAUGGGAUCCUCAUGUCCGCAGCUCCGCCAAGGAACUUGCCGAUGCCGAAUGGCUACAAGGAAAGGUGUAG